AUGGAUGUGCACACCAGCAUCGAGCUUUACAUUCGUCGCACGAAUGUAUUGAGGGCUCAGCGAUUGCUGGAAACAACGACGACUACAUCUGCCGCUACACCGUCUACUGUUGAACUUGUUACUGGCCGCGGGAACGGAAACGUCUCCCGCGUAAAUCUUGUUAGUAACAAUCGUUACCUGGCGCUGUUCUUCGGAGCAGCGAUUAUUCUUUUAUUACUCGGCUGGCUGACCUUCUCUUACUUGAAGAGCAGAUCAGCCUUCUCUUGGCUGAAUUCUAACCAGCAGAAGGACGGCGACGGCGAAGUGUCUGUCUCAGAUGACUCCCAUGUUACGGAGAUUGUGGAUCUUGAGGCGACACAUCCAACGGAAACUCAGGCGUUCGAAGAAGAAGAAGAAUGUUUUUCUUCACAAAUGUCAACGAUUGAAAACGAUGAGGAUGACUCCGAGGAGGAGAAUAUGGUAUCAGACGACGACGAAGAUCAUGAUGAGGAGGAAACGGCAUCCGACGAAGAUAAAGAUAAUGAGGAGGAGGAGGAGAUGGUAUUAGACGUCGACGAAAAUCAUAAGGAGGAGGAGGAGGAGAUCGUAUCAGACGACGAUCAUCAUCAUGAGGAGGGGGAAGAGGAGGAGGAGGAAACAGCAUCGGACGACGACAGAGAUAAUGAGGGGGAGGAGGAGAAGACGGUAUUAAGCGACGAAGACUACGACGAAAAGGAAGACGAAGAUGGCCACACCCAGUUCUUGGAAAUUCUGGGCCAGUUCAUCAACGAUCCCAGCUCCCCCGCCGAAUUCCCAAGGCCAUCACUCCUGCUGCGUGAUCCCACCAGGAAUUACGUUUACAAGGCAGUCCUCACGAUGCGCGAGAAGCUGGAUAGACUGGCCAGGCAGAAUGAAACGCUGGAGAAGGAACGAAAGGACCAUCUGAAUUUGACUCAGGAAUUGCAAGUCCAAGAUGACAUGGAAUGGCAAAUCAACAAAUCGAAAGAUGAGGUAGGAGAGCUUAAUAAGAAAGUUAUAGAAAAGAAGGACGAUAAUGAUCAGCUUUCGAUUGAAAAAACUGUCCAUACUCCGAAGGACAAAGUCGGAUGUGUAGAGAAAGACAGUAAGAACAUGGGUGAAAAAUCCCAAGAACAGGGUCCUUCUGAUGCCGCUGAACUGCAGCGGAUCAUAGAUAAACAAGCUGAUCAAAUCCAACGUCUGAGGAAGAAGGUCCUGGAGAUGGAAGAGGAGAGACGACAGCGUGAGGCCGAUUUCCAGAGUUGGGAAAGAACAGCCUACACCGUCGGGAAGGAGAACUCGGAGUUGAAGGUCAUCUUGGAGGACCUCAGUCGAAAAAAGGACUUUUCGAAGAAUGUAAUAAGGACCUAA